GGCUCCAGAGGGGCUAAUGCUCAGCCAAAACCAGGUCUCUGGGCUGCAGCGAUGAGGAAGCCUCGGAGGAGGUCCCGGCAGAACUUGGAGGGGAGACGUUCUCCCUCGCCCUACAGCCUCAAGUGCUCACCCACUCGCGAGACGCUGACGUACGCCCAGGCCCAGCGGAUCGUGGAGGUGGACAUCGACGGACGGCUUCAUCGCAUCAGCAUCUAUGAUCCCUUAAAAAUCAUCACGGAGGAUGAGCUGACUGCCCAGGAUAUCACAGAGUGCAACAGCAACAAAGAAAACAGCGAGCAGCCCCUUUUCCCUUCCAAAUCUAAAAAAACACCUUCCAAAGGCAAGAAGAAGGAGUCUUGCUCCAAGCAUGCGCCAGGAAUGUCUUUACACUUACCCCAGCCCAACUUCCGCGUGGUGGACUUCUUCAGCCAGCCAGACGCCCCUCCUCUCCCCGCCGCCUACUACCGGUACAUUGAAAAGCCUCCUGAGGACCUGGAUGUAGAGGUGGAGUAUGACAUGGAUGAGGAGGAUCUGGCCUGGCUGGAAAUGGUCAACGAGAAGAGAAGGGACGAUGGUUAUGGGACGGUUUCUCCUGACACUUUUGAGCUGCUGGUGGACCGGAUGGAAAAGGAGUCGUACCUCGAGAGCCGCAACAACGGUGCUCAGCAGUCGCUUGUCGAUGAGGAUGCCUUCUGCUGUGUCUGCAUGGACGAUGAGUGUCACAACAGCAACGUUAUCCUGUUCUGCGAUAUCUGCAACCUGGCCGUGCACCAGGAGUGUUACGGUGUGCCCUAUAUCCCCGAGGGGCAGUGGCUUUGCCGCUGCUGCUUACAGUCCCCUUCUCGCCCUGUGGAUUGUGUCCUUUGCCCCAACAAAGGUGGAGCCUUCAAGCAGACUAGCGAUGGCCGCUGGGCUCACGUGGUUUGUGCCAUCUGGAUCCCAGAGGUCUGCUUUGCAAACACUGUGUUCCUGGAGCCCAUCGAAGGGAUAAAUAACAUCCCCCCAGCUCGGUGGAAGCUCACGUGCUAUAUCUGCAAGCGGAAGGGCAUGGGAGCUGCUAUCCAGUGCCACAAGGUGAACUGUUACACUGCCUUCCACGUCACCUGUGCCCAGCGGGCUGGUCUCUUCAUGAAGAUCGAACCCAUGAGGGAGACCAGCAUCAACGGCACAACGUUCACCGUGCGCAAGACUGCCUAUUGUGGGAGUCAUUCCCCACCUGGAAUGGUGAAAAAAGGGUCUCGAGCUGCUAGCCGGGAGGGUCGGGAGGACACUGGGAAGGAGGAGGGAGAGGAGGAAGCUAAUUCUGGCCCUCCCAAAGGGUCUCUGAAAAAGAACCAAGUGAAAUUGAAGCAGAAGAUCAAAAAGGAGCCUGGUGAUGUGACCAACGGGCAUUCGUCUGCACCCAUGGUGACAGUCACGCAAAUCCCCUCCUACAGGCUGAACAAGAUCUGCAGCGGCCUCUCCCUCCAGAGGAAGAACCAGUUCAUGCAGAGGCUCCACAACUACUGGCUGCUGAAGCGACAGGCAAGGAACGGGGUGCCCCUGAUCCGCCGCCUGCACUCGCAUCUCCAGUCCCAGAGGAACGCGGAGCAGAAGGAGCAGGACGAGAAGACCAGCGCGGUGAAGGAAGAGCUGAAGUACUGGCAAAAGCUGCGGCAUGACUUGGAGCGGGCACGGCUGCUCAUCGAGCUGAUCCGGAAGAGGGAGAAACUCAAACGGGAGCAGGUGGGUAGCUUUUGCUCCGCUAUGGAGCUCCAGCUGACCCCUUUCACUGUCCUUCUGCGCACAACGCUGGACCUGCUGCAGGAGAAGGACGCUGCCCAGAUCUUCUCGGAGCCUGUUAACCUGAACGAGGUUCCAGAUUACCUGGAAUUCAUUUCCAACCCAAUGGAUUUUUCCACCAUGAGGCGGAAGCUGGAGUCCCACCUGUACCGAACAUUGGAUGAGUUUGAGGAAGACUUUAACCUUAUAGUUACCAACUGCAUGAGGUAUAAUGCUAAAGACACGAUUUUCCACCGAGCAGCUGUCCGGCUCAGAGACCUCGGAGGAGCGAUAUUGCGUCAUGCGCGGCGGCAGGCUGAAAACAUCGGCUUUGACACUGAUAUGGGGAUUCACCUGCCCGAGUCACCCAAAACCGAGGACUUUUACCGCUUUUCUUGGGAGGACGUGGAUAACAUCCUCCUCCCGGAGAACCGGGCUCACCUCUCCUUGGAGGCCCAGCUGAAGGAGCUGCUGGAGAAGCUGGACAUGGUGAGCAGCAUGCGGUCCAGCGGCGCCCGGACGCGACGCAUCCGGCUCCUGAGACGGGAGAUCAACUCCAUUCGGCAGAAGCUGGCCCAGCAGCAAAACAAGAGCAUGCCCAACGGGGAGCCUGCGCUGCGGGAAGAAGGGCUGGAUAAAACAGCAAGGGAUGGGGACGAGGAGGGCGAAAAAGAUGAUGCCAAACCCCGGCACCCUCCAACCCUGGAGCCCACAGGACCCGCACCCGCUCUCUCGGAGCUGGAUUCUCUGCAGGACCCUCCAACGCUCAAACCCAUCAGCGAAAGCAAGUCCUUGAAUCAGCUGCAGAAGAAGGUGAUGUCGGACAAGGAACUCUUUGACAAGAAGGCUCUGCAGCGGGAGAGCCAAGCCUUCCAGCGCCUGCUCAGCGACAAUGGCCUGAACGGACUGGCCUUGCCACCUGCAGACACCCCUGCCAGCCCCCCCUUCAGUGGCGUGGGCCGACGGACGUCUGUCCUUUUUAAAAAAGCUAAGAAUGGGGUGAAGCUGCAAAGAGGCCUGGACUGCUCCCUGGAGAACGGGGAGGACCGCGGGCAGCUUUCGCCCUCCUGCCCUGACAGGGAGCGACAAUCUCGGAAGCGGCCGCAGGGCAGGACCUGCAGUGAGAGCGAUGGAGAGAAGUCACCCAGGCAGGCGGGACAGAGAGGAGUGGCGAACGGCUUUGCGAAGCACGCAGAAAGCAGCUCUGACUCUGAGUGUGGCUCUGGCCUGGGUGGUGGGCUGGCGUUGGAAGCCUGCAGCGGGUUGAUGCCUCCCAAGCGAAGCCGAGGGAAGCCAGCUCUGUCUCGGGUGCCCUUCUUGGAAGGUGUGAACGGAGACUCCGAUUACAGCAGCUCAGGCAGGACUCUGCUCAUGUCCUUCGAGAGCCAGGCUGAGCUGGAGCCCUUGGAGCUGGUGUGGGCCAAGUGCCGCGGCUAUCCCUCCUACCCCGCCUUGAUAAUCGAUCCCAAGAUGCCACGCGAGGGUUUGCUGCACAAUGGAGUCCCCAUCCCAGUCCCGCCCGUGGAUGUGUUGAAGUUGGGGGAGCAGAGGCAGACAGAGGCAGGAGAAAAGCUCUUCCUCGUCCUUUUCUUCGACAACAAGAGAACCUGGCAGUGGCUCCCGCGUGACAAAGUCCAUCCGCUCGGCGUGGACGACACCGUGGACAAGUUAAAGAUGCUGGAAGGCCGAAAAACCAGCAUCCGCAAAUCCGUGCAGGUGGCCUACGACCGAGCCAUGAUCCACAUGAGCCGCGUGCGGGGAGAUCAUCCCUUCGUUACGUCUAAUUAUCUGUAA